GAUUAUUAUUUUUUAUUUUCCACUUGUUAUUUGUGUCCACCAUACUGUAUGUCAUAUGUUGGUAGGAUAUAAAAGGUAUAAUAUUGUAAAAUAUUUACCGACCAUGCAUUUUUUUUUUUGAGAUCGAAACAACUCGCAAUAUCGCAAUAUCACAUCAUGACAAAGAAACAGUUCAAUACUUUCUUUCGACUUUGCCAGAAUCCCAUCGGAUUCACUUUCUCCUCUUCUUCCGGUUCUGAUCAACAGUGCCAUGGGCUCAAAGAAAAUUYCUUCUCCGUUGCUCUCUAUCUUUCAGCAGUGGAUAGCGCAGCAGCAGCGGUCAGAAGUGUCUGAGCCUUCCUCGCCGUUGUUGUCAUCUUCUUCCUAUCGCAUCCUUUUGCAGACAUCUUAUUCUCUUCAGACUCGCAUUUCUGCAGCAGAACCGGUCGAAAAUCCUCACUUGUAUAAAAAUGCAGGACUUGCAACGCCAUCCGAGCGAGCAUCGCGUGAUAUCUAUGGAGGCUCUGAGACGGGAUGGCUCUUGCGCUUGGUAGAAUUAGCAGUGCAGCAACAAAUGCAAUCCGAACUAGAAUCCGAGACUGUUGCUCCUGGCAAGGAUGCGGUAUCGAUUAUUUUUGUAACCACAAAGGCUAGRUCUYAUGAUUAUUCAAUUAUCCAGGAACURCCCAAGGAUGUCAAGGAAAAGGUYCAAGWGAUUGAUUUGGCAUUUCGKGAUCCUUUUGGAUGGGACUGCGAUGACGAAAAAGACGAUAACGAUUCGAGAGACAACAGAACAACCACGCGUGCAAACAUUGUCGACCUUCAUCAGAUCUAUCGGAAAWUACAAGAGGAAUUCAAGCGUUCUAGGGCCUCGGGAGCACCAGUCAUUUUGAUUUGGCAAUCACUCGCACCGCUGAUUUUGGUGCAUGGGUUUCACAAGAUCCUUCGUUUGCUCUGUGCUCUUCCUACUUGUCUCCAGGUUUGGCCCGUAAAUCUACCGAUCAUGACUCCGACACAGCACGCACAACUAGAGAAUGUUUCAAAUGCCCUUCUAUGUAUGCGUGAGGGAGAAAUGAACAUCGUUCGACAGGGAAUCCGAGAGCGAGGGAAUAUUCUUCGMCAAAAAGUUCCCUUUCGGCUAAUACCUUUUGUCAGCGAUCAGGAUGGCCAGCGUAGGUUUCGCAUAGUAGAAGAAACCGACUGCGAGAGCAAAAGUAGCAGUGAGGUGAUCAAUGACAACCGGAAUACAAUAGAAAUUACCAAUAGGAAKAACAAGAAGGAAGACGAAAGCAACGCGACAGAAGCAGCAGAGAUCGGGAGACUGAUAUCAUCGCACGGUUCGAGUGGUACCAGUGGCCGCGGGACGAAGUUACGCCUUGAAGAAAAUGAUGGCGGUAGAAGCGAAAGUGUAGAGUCACAUGCUUCUUCUGACAGAGAAGUCAUCGCCCCUAACCGACCUAGAAUCUAUCUGCAAGAUGAUGACCCAGAAUUCGACGAUUUUGACGAGGAAGACCCUGACGACGACCUGGAAAUAUAAAUGCACCAAUUUACCAUUACUGUUGUCUUACUUUGAUUUSGAAGAAUGCAUUGUUGAAAACUGAUGGUGGYGAUGGAAAUGAUCAUUUACUCCUCUUUCUUCAGCUACUACUAGAAAAGUACUACAUCUACUACUGCUGUUAGAAGAAGAACAAUAGAUCAAUAAUACUGUWUGACCUUUGUGAUCAACUUCAGUCAUGAAUUACAAUAUUUCUAAUAGUAAGAUGCUCUAAUUACAACAGAUGGAUUCAGGGAAUCUAUUACACACAGCAAGMAUAUAUUCUACAACUAUCCAAAUAAACUCAUUCUUUUCAGCUAGCCAUCUAUCAUACAGAUAUCACAACACAUAUAGCUAAAAACUAAAACAKAACAGAUGUC